GUGAUGAUACGUUAAUAUCUAUAUUUUUUUGAAUAUUUAACAAAUACCUGUUUUUUCUUUUUAUCUCUCUUUAUAUCAUGUUUAUAAUACUUGUAUUUUUUUUUUAAUCUUAUUUGUGUUUUUUUCAUCAAGUGUCCAUUCACAUAUUGAGUGUUGAUGUAUAAUUUUUCUACUAGUAUAUUUAUCUAUAUGUAUGUGUGUACAUGGGAACGGCAAAGAUUGGACUGAAUGAACAAACAGAGAGGGAGAAGAUCAUAGAUUAUUUAAACGGCUCUUGAGUUUUUCUGAAUUGUUUAUUCCAUUGAAUGAAGGACCCUAGUUAUUAAUUUUAUAUUCCACUAUAUAGUUCAGAAGAGAAGGGUGCUUGUUUAUUUUCAUAAUAAUAAUGUUUCCAGAAUCUGGAUUCUGGUCAAAGAUAUAUCACAGACCACUACUUGCUCUUCACAUAUUCAGAUAGAGAGAGAGAGAGAGAGAGAGGAAGGUUUUGCUUCUUAGUACUAGUACUUUUUAGUAUUUUUUAUGUUGUCUUCCCCUAGGUUUAAUGAUGUAUGAAAAUUUGAUGAUUUAGAGAUAUUAUCGGUGACAGAGUGGUUGGAAGUGGUUGCUAUUAUUAUUGUUUGAUAGAGAAGUAUUUAUGGGGAAAAAGAAGCGCCAAAAAACGAAGGAACUUUCGGUAGCGAUAGCUGAGGCUUCAUCCAAAGGAGGUGACACCCAACAACAACAACAACAGCAACCACAACCUCAGCCUCCUCGAAAAAGAGGAAGACCUCGUAAGGUUGUUGUUGUAGAAACGGAAAGCGAACUGAAAAAAGUGGAACCAAAAGAGGAACCAGAAGCUUUUACUUGUUCAGCAACGAAGAAAGAACAACAACAUGGGAAGCAACAAGAGGAGUUAACAUCAGAAUCGGUGGCAUGCAAAAGAAUCACAAAGGAAGAGAUUCAAAUCCCAAAAGGGGAACCGUCGAGAAGCAGGGCGAGGAGGAAAAGCAAACCCAGAAAAAGCACUUAAGAAUCAUUGAUUGCUUUUUUUAAUCUUCCUUUUUUUUUAUCUUUUUAUGAUUAAUUCCUUUCCCUUUCCAGAACAAAGUAAUAGAAAGAAACCAUUGGGCAAUCAGAAUGAAUAUUCUUGGGUUAGGUUCUUCGGCUUGUCAUCUUUUAUAAGGAUUGAUGACAUCGAAAACGCAAGCAUCCAAAGAACUUUUUCUUCAGGUUCUCUCAGCUUGUCUACUCCCUGUUUUAAUAGGGUUAUAUAUAUAUGGUCCACGAGAGAACUUGAAUACAUCAAUGUUUCAUUCACAUGCAGGAAAAAAAAAAAGUUUGGGUAAAGCUUAAUUAAUUAAUUAUAAAGCUAAGGCUUUGCUGUAUGUAUUGCUUUAACUAUAUGUGUGUUGUGAUUUUGUGAAUUAAUAUGAUAAUGAUUACUAUUAUUGGGUGUU